AUGACUGCAGCGGUCUUAUCCCUCUCGGCUCUCCUGCUCAGUGGACUUGUUGCAUCGCAACCAACUCGAGCAAUUGACGCGGACUUUGCAGACCCCAGCGUCAUUCAAACCGACGACGGGUAUUAUGCAUUUGGUACCAGCGCAAAUGGCGUGAAUGUGCAGGUUGCGAAGUCUUCCGACUUCAGUUCAUGGGAACUUCUCUCUGGUUCGGACGCCAUGCCGGGACCUCUCCCAUCCUGGAUUGCGUCCAAUCCCUCGAUUUGGGCCCCCGAUGUGAUCAAAAGGGAUGAUGGUACGUUCGUCAUGUACUUCUCCGCAGCGUCGAGUGACGAUUCAAGCAAGCACUGCGUGGGAGCCGCUACUUCUUCGAGCAUCACGGGUCCCUACACGCCAACAGAUGAAGCGCUAGCAUGUCCUCUUGACCAAGGCGGGGCCAUCGAUGCCGAUGGCUUCGAGGACGGAGGAACCUAUUAUGUCGUGUACAAGGUGGAUGGGAAUAGUCUCAACGGGGACGGGACCACCCACCCGACCCCGCUCAUGCUGCAGGGUCUCAACUCCGACGCCGUGACUCCCAAUGGCGAUCCCACUCAACUUCUCGACCGCGAUGACACCGAUGGACCCCUCAUCGAGGCGCCGAGUCUGGCAAACGUGGACGGUACCUACUACCUCUCGUUCUCGUCCAACGCGUACGACACGGACAAGUAUGAUGUGAGUUAUGCGACGGCUUCAGCACUCACUGGUCCCUAUACCAAGGCUCGCGAUCCGGACGCUCCAUUGCUUGUAUCCGGAGACGCCAGUAACGUGGGUGACCUGUCAGGGCCGGGCGGUUCAGACUUCCUUGAUGGAAGCAAGAUUGCGUUCCAUGCCUUUAAGAAUGGCAAGAACAUUGAUGACGGGCGUGCUAUGUAUGUCGCUGAUAUCCAUGUUGCCGGUGGCGUGAUCAAUUUGGCGUGA